AUGUCUCUUCUUAAGUCUGCCAAGUCUCUCGUCCCCCUCUUUGAUCGCGUUCUUGUUCAGCGCGUCAAGGCUGCUUCUAAGACUGCCUCUGGUCUUUACAUUCCUGAGCAGAAUGUUCAGAAGCUGAACCAGGCCCGUGUUAUUGCUGUCGGUGCUGGCAUCAACGACACCAACGGCAACAAGAUUCCUCUUUCUGUCCAGGCUGGUGACCUUGUUCUCCUUCCUGACUUUGGUGGCACCAACAUCAAGAUUGGUGAGGACGAGUUUAUUCUCUACAGAGACCAGGAGAUUCUUGCUAAGAUUACUGAGUAA